AUGACCCCCUUCAAAUUGCUAACGUGGCCCAUCGGCGUUUGGCCACUUCAAGUUUAUAACGUCUAUUCGCUCUUACGAUGCAUCUUUGCUACCUGUUGCGUGAGCCUAAUGGUAAUAUUGCCUUCCAUCGAACUCUACACGGACUGCAAUAACGCUGAACAGAACGUAGACAGCCUUAUGUUACUCUGUUGCGGAAUACUUGGUAUACUGAAGACAGUAUGGUUUCGCAUUUACGCAAGGAAUUUGACUAACAAUUACAGUUCUGCUCUGAACGAUUAUUUGAUGAUUAAAAACGCAAAACAUCGGGCCAUUAUGCGAAAACAUGCUUUUACGGGAAGAAUUCUCUGCUGUUCCCUAAUGUGUUUUUCUUACUUUAGUUGUCUAUUAUUCACAAUAAUUCCAUUUUUGGGUAAUGCUAAUCAUAAAAUAAAUGUAACGAAUGAGGCCAUGUUACAGUAUACAGUACCAUCAAGAUGCGCUUUGGAGUAUUUCAAUGCUCCAACAAACAUGCAUACAAUCUUGUGUCUCAUCGAAGCUAUCUCACUUACUUUAACAAGUACUACUAAUCAUGGUAACGACUCUUUGUUUUUCAACAUUACGCUGCACAUUUGCGGUCAAGUGGAAGUUUUGAAAGCCAAGUUUAUCGAUUUUGAUGUUACAAGGCCGCAAGUUUAUAAACGUUUCCUCACACUAAUUAAAAGACACAGCUAUUUGAUAAGAUUGGCCAGAGAACUUGCUGAUACAAUUAGUUUUAUUUUAUUAAUUCAAUUAUCUAUUAUCAGUUUACAAUUAUGCAUAGUGGGUUUUCAAUUUAUUCUAGCAUUGAAAGACAACGACACUGCUAUGGCAGCUAAAAGUAUAAUGGUGCAGAGUACUUUUCUGUCACAAUUAAUGCUAUAUAGUUUUGUCGGGGAUUAUCUAAAAUCUCAGAUGGAAGAAGUAGGACUUUGUAUUUAUCAAAACACCUGGUAUGACUUUCCCGCAAAACUGACAAGAAACUUAAUUUUCGUCAUUAUGCGGUCAGAAUCUCCCGUCACAUUGCGAGCUGGACAUUUUAUUGUGGUAAAUUUAUCAACCUAUAUGAGCAUCCUAAAAGCUUCUAUUACGUAUCUGUCUGUACUUCGAGUAAUGACUAUGAUGAUAGUUUAUAUAGGCAUGGAUAUUAGUUUUCACAACAAUGUCACUCUGGUUAUGGUCAUCGAUCACCUCAUGUUAGCGUCAUGCGGAACUUUGACUAUCGUAAAAAUAGCGCUGAUACGAUUGCAUCGCGACAACUUAUUGAAAAAUCUCGUCAAUGCAUCGAAUGACUGGACGUAUAUUACAAAACAAGAUCAUCGGCAAGUCAUGUUUCGCUAUACCAACCUAGGCAGAUUUGUCUUCUUUUUUCAGAUGGGUUCCUCGUAUUUUGUCAUUACGCCGUUGAUAGUUGAAUCACUUUUAUCCUUUGUGAUGAUGACUUCACAAAACGUAACAUUAAUUGCAAAAUCCGAGACAGAGAUGCGAGCAAUGCAGCUACCUCAAGAGACGAUCUGUCCAUUCGAUGCUCAGAUCGUUUGCUUCAGUAUGUGUAUUUUUCAAUCUAUUCAGCUGAUCAGUACAUGUACGGGGAAUGUUGGUAGUGAUGUUUUCCUCUUCGGUGUUUGCAUGCAUCUCUGUGGACAAUUGGAAGUGCUCAGUCGAGAAUUGCUGCAGUUUCACGAAAGGAAGAAGAAUGGUUGUUGGAAACGAAGUAAAAUGGUCACGUUGAUCGAGAGGCACUGUUUGCUUCUGAAUCUAGCCAAAGACGUCGUUGGUGUACUCAAUAUCAUUUUAAUUGCUCAGCUGAUUCUCCACGCUUUGUUUAUAUGUUUAAUAGUUAAUCAGCACAUCUAUGAAGAAUGUUGGCAUCGAUGUUUCCUCUUCGGUGUUUGUAUGCAUCUCUGUGGUCAAUUAGAAGAGCUCAGCCUGUACAUAGAGCUAUUGCUGUUCCACGGAGAGAUUCAGGAAAAACAGAUAUUAGAAACAAACUGA